AUGGAACUGAACUGCCGCUCGAAAACUGUAGUGGCACUCAAAUUGACUGCGGUACGCAGAUGGUCAGAAAUCAGUUUUUGUUUUUGAGCAGAACGGCCAAAAAGUCAGUAGGCAAAACUGGUGUGUACUGUCACAAAGAGGCACACAUUAGUUUCUCAAAAAUUUUGGAGUCACUGACACAGAAAAGAAUUGGCAAGACUCAUUCUAAUAUCUUCUAACCGGAUAAGACCUUACGAUAAGGACUCGAAAAUUGGCUUUGAGCUGACCUAGAGAACUACGCGAACUCGCAUCCAAGGACUCGAGUCAAACUUUGGUGAUGGCUUAUAGGCUGGGUAAAAGUACUUUGGAAACAAGAGAGUUUAUAUAACAAACCCUAUAGGCUCUCCGAGAGAAAAGCUUUCUUUGAAAAUGAACAGUCGAAAGUCUGAAAAACUAUCAAAUUUUUGCUCUCAUCCUUCUUUAUGGCUGGAGUAGUGCUUUAUCAUAGCUCGACUGGGUCAUUCAAGGCACUAUUAAAAGUAUUAAAUAAGGUAGCAGUAUUCGCAGUGCCUCCAGGUCUAAUUUUCUACAUUUCUAAUAACUUUUCUCAGUUCCCUAUCGUUUAGCUUGAGAUAUUUCUCCUACUUGUGUUUUCAAGUUAAGUUCCACUAGGUCUGGCAAACCACCAAAGUUUGAAUCUCGAUCCGCGUCCUCGUCAAUUGGAGCGUCGUCGGGAAGAAUCGCCUCAUUUGCUUCCUCUUUCUCUCUUCUCUCGUCAUGCUUUUCUCUUCUCAUUUCUUUGCAUGGGCUCGUCAAAAAAGUGGGCGUGGUGGUUGGUGCGGACGCGAAUCCAGUUGCACUUGCCAAUGCACCGCCUCGAUCAGCAAUAAGCCGCUUGAUCGAAAUAACGUUUCGUUUUACUUUUACUUUUGUUCUAAAUCGUCGCAAUUCCCUGAAAAAUUAAUUAUUUUCAGGCUCACUUGAGUAAAUGGCCAAAUUGGCCUUGGAUUUAUUAUUUUUUCGCCGGUUAGGCACCCUUAUUAAAAUAUUAUUCCCUUUUAAUCGCCGCUCAACGACGACAUGGUUCGCCUUCUUUGUUGUCCUUUUUUGUGGAGCAGGUAAAUUUUGAAUAGAAAAUAAACAAUUAAUAAAAAAUUGACUUACAGACCAAGUGAUGACCUAUCUUGUUGGCAUAAUGCCCAGUUUAUUCUAUGUAGCCUUGGGUAAUAAAGAUGAAACCAGCUUUAAGUUUUUAUGCGCCAAAGGAUCGCUGAUCAUCAUCGGCAAAGCUUUUGUGAGUCUAAUAGCUCAAAUUUUUUAUAUAAGAUGUUUUUCAGUCCUUAGCCCUUGUUAAAUUCAUGACGUCGUUUUUGUCGAUAAAAUGUCGUGAAUUGUGCAAUUUGACACUCCAUCGGCUGUAUUUCAAGCGCCAAGCGUUUUUCAAGCUCAGUUCUUCAUCCAAUGCCUACGAUAACCCGUAAGAAAAAAAAUUAUCGAAAAAAGAAUUGAAUUUUUCUUGUAGAGACCAACGGAUGACUCAGGACAUUGAAAAAACGACGCGAUUGCUUUCUUGCGAUCUUUUGGCCCCUGUUUUGACGGCACCUUUUAUCAUUGGUUAUUACUCCUAUUUAACGUAUGAUGGGUGAGUUUUCCUUGAUUUUUCGUUAAUUUAAUUUUUGUUAUGAUUUCAGUUCCGGCUGGUUCGGGAUCGCGUCAAUCUUCGUAUAUUUCAUAAUUCAAACGGUUGCCAACAAAUUCAUGCUCUCGCCGAUGGUCAGCCUUGUUUCGGAACAGGAGAAAAAAGAAGGCGAUUUUAGGUUGAUUUUUAAUUCAAAAAUAAAUCAAAAAUAUAAAUUUUCAGGCAAAGACACAUGGAAGUUCGUUCAAAUAUCGAGGCGAUCGCUUUUACCGAGCCGGAGUUUUGGAAAAAACGUCAUGGCCAAUCAGAAGCUCAAAAUCAUUAAUUGGAGUUCAGGUUAGAAGUAAUGUAGAAAAUUGGUUAAUAUUCAUGAAAUCUAGUUUGAACGAGUGAAUUCUGAUCAUUUUCUUUUUGUAUUUCCCUCGAAGUUUGUUAAUCUCAUUUUAGACUCUUUUUAUUUGCAUUUUUCUCAGCCUGUAUGCCAUAAUAUAUAUAUUUUUGAUUUUCUGUCUAAUUUUCAUGGGAUUUUCGUCGAAAAGCUCUCUUCUAGUGAUGAUAUUUUUUUCGCAACACGUUGAAUUACUUGUAUUUCUCAAAGUUUGCUUCCUUUGCAGCUUUUUCAUACUUUUUCUCGAAAACUUAAACUAUUUAGAAACUUCAGAAGGUUCAAAAACUUCGAAUUUUUAUCAGUUUUUCAUGAAAUUCCGUUUUUAAAGAUGUUUUUCGAGGUUAUAUUACAAGUUUUUCAGGUUAUGAACUUUUUGUAGCAAUUUCGGAUAGAUGAACAAAAAAAUUUCAUUUUCCAAAUUUUUUUCAAUGAGAGUCCGACCUUUAUUUUUCAGUUUUAAUACCAAUUUUUCCGCUUCGAAGUUUAUCACACUGUUAUUUUGUUCUAAAUUUAUCAUUUUUCGAGUUUUUUGUGUACUAGCCGGAACUUGUUAGCAUUUGAAACAGAACCUUUGCCAAACAAACGUUUUUUUCAAUUUCUACCACGUUUUUUCGAGCCAAAAUCAACAAAAAAAUGUUUGCAGAAGAAGCUGACUGAAUGGCGGUUCGCCCUCGGGUUCAUGACCAAUAUUUUCGAUUACUUUGGCGGGAUUUUAUCCUACUUGAUCAUUGGAAUCCCCGUUUUCAUCACUCAUCAAUACGAUCACAUGUCCGGUCCGGAGCUCAAUGGUGUCGUUUCAAGGGUUAGUUUUUUAAAAGUUUUUCGAUGCUCCUCUCCUCAUCAUGACUUUUAUAUUCAAAAAGGCUGGAAAUAUAUGUAAUCUGAAAAAGAAACAAUUUUUCAGUGUUAGAGUUGUUUCUAGAUCUUUUUGUGGUUCUUUCAUCGGUUUUUUUGUGAAUCUCUUCCCAAAAGGAGCUUUUUGUUUGAAUUUUACAGCCUUUUUGAAUGGAUCCUUCUAAAAUUAGGGUUUUGGGUUCACUUUUACUUGGAAUUUCGAUUUUGAAGCUGGUGAUAAUUUUUUUAAAAAUCGUUUUUUCGUAUUUCUAACAUUGAACCUUAUGAGUUACAAAUUUUUCGCUGUUUCGAGGAACUGAACAACAUUUUUUUAUUUUUAUAAUGAUUUUUCGUUUUUUUCAGAUUUUUCAAGGUAUUUGGUGAUAUUCAAGAUGAAUAUAAAACGUUUUGGAAAAGAUUUUUUUGUGAAUUUAUUUGAAAAAUUCAACCGUUUUGUAACUGCUUUAACUAAGUUUUUACUUUUUUAAGUUUUAAUCGAUAAGCUUUGAAUCAACAGAAUCGAUAGAAGAAAUGAGCGAUCUCUGGUAACCGUAACCCUUUUUUUUCUCGAUUUGUCUGGACUUUAUCAUAUUUCUUCUCCUUUUUCUUCUCCAAGAACUCAAAGAACGCCGAUCGCGUGUCUUUUCCCACAUGGAAACUUUUCUUCGCUUCUUAUCUUUUUCUGUGAAAAAGAAGAAUUGCAACAUUUUUUGGUUUGAUGACGAUGAGGGUUAUGGAAAGGAUCGACGUAGUAAUUCGAGAAGGGAAAGCACGCUCUAUAGAGAAAAUUUAAAAAUUUGGCUUUUAAUUUUUCAAAUAACUCGAUUACAAGUUAUCACCAUUUUUUACACGUCUUUUUAGGAAAUCCAUAACUAGGUCCCGAGUAGAGCAAAAGAAUAAUGAAGAAAGUCGGACUUUGAUCAUUUUUUAUCAGUUUUUCACUGCCAAAAUCGACUUUUUUUUUUCUAUAUUUCCAUAGCUCAAACUGAAAUAUUAGUACACUUGGCCGCCCUUGAAGUGUAGGUGUAGUUCUCCCUUUCGGCGGGAAUUUACGCUGUUGUAUAGUGAGAAAGAAGAAAGAAGAAUGGACGAAGGAAAUCGCAUUGUUUUGCUCCGCGUAGCCGCAAAGUUUUGACCACCGCUGCAGCGCUUUUUCUUCUUGAUAUCGAGUGUUUUUCUCGUUUUGAAUGACGGGAAAAGGCAAAAUAAGCACUUUUGGUUGUGGUUUCGAUAGUUUUGAGGCAUUGAAAGAAAUAAUCGUCGGUCAUUUUUCGGAGAUUAAUAAUUCGGAGUAUUUUUUGAAGUCCUGUUCAUAAGAUGUGAUAGGAAAAGGCUAAUUGAUGGUUUGAGGCGUGAGAAAAGAUAGCCGUCCGACUUUUGCGCCCUAUCGAUAGUUUUAAAGAUUUUUUCGAUAGCGGUCUUCACUGGUUUGCAAUUUGCUGUGAAUUUUCGGGUCUUUCAAGCUUUCAGAUCAAAAAUUGAAUUACUUUAUGAAAAAAUCCCUCAUUUAUCUUCCGACUCACUGCCAACGGAGAAAUAAGAACCUUAUAAUUUUUUUUCUCGGAAGAAAUAUGACUAAAGUAUAUAUAUUUAGUCGGUAAUUGUGAGCUUGUACCUCACCACACAAAUUGCCUUCGUCAAGGCUUAUUUAUAAUAAACAUAGCCGGAGAUUCUCUUCUCAUGUUGCUCCGUAGUAUAAACAUGUUCUAUUUUCAGGCCAGAACCAAGAAGAUGAUUUUUGGGAAAUUUAGGGAAAGGAUUGACUGAAAAAUAUAUUUUUUAUUGCGUAAAAAUGGGUUAAAAUAAAGAACAUUCGAUUUUUUUGAAAAAUUUUUUUUGUGAACAGUUUUGAUAAAUUUCUAUGAGAAUGAGUCAGAAAAUCCGAAUUCCAUUUUUCCGCCCCAAAGUGGACCUCGAAAGUUGCCUUCAAAUUCUGCAAAAGAAGAUUGUUUUGUAACCCAGGAAGUUGGACCUCGUGGCUAUUCUCAUUGAAAAUUCCAAUCCAAAAAAACUCUCGUGAUCGCUGAGGUGAAAAUAAGUAUUUUAGGAGAGUUGGGAGUAGAAUUUUUCAGAAGGUCCGUGAGAAUCUGAUGAAUUUCGAGUUUUGAGAAGUUUUUGGGAUAUUCAACUAUAUAUUUUCGCCUUUUACCCUAAUAUGAGAUAGUAAUGAGCAAAGUAGAAAGUGAAAAAUGGAAUUUCAGUGAAGAAAGAAAUAUGUAAAUUUUAAAUUUUUAACAUCUGCAGAAAAAUUUUUAAAAAUUUGGGUUUUUUUCGGUUUCGUGGGUCAUAUCUGAACGAAACGCGAUAUCAAACUUCCUGGUUUUUCAUUGCUUCCUUUUCCUAUUUUAAUUAAACAACGAAAAAAAGAAGGAAUUCUUCCGUCUUUCUGCAAACGAAUGAACAAUUAUGAUGGUUGCAUUCAUCAAUGAGGCCUGAACAAAUAUUCAAUUCGCUUCUCUUGCAAGUGUUGUACUGAAGAAACAUGAAUCAAAGCCGAAAAUUUUGGCUUCUUCCAAGAAAUUCGGGAUUUCGGUUCUCGGUUUUUGGAUGCUCAAGCGACACGCAAUCCUUGUAGAAGAUUUGGGAGUGAGAUUAGAAAAUUCGUAGUAGUUGCAACGGGAAAUUUUGGGGUUUCGGAAGGGCUUGGCGAAAGUUUGGGGAUUUCGAAAAAACCUUAUUGAGGGAUUAAUGCUGAUCUCGGUCGCAUUUGGAAUGACUCGAGCUUCGCGGUUGUGUUUAGAAAGUGCUCUAUUGCUUGAGAAGGCUCUCCCGCAAGCCGUCAGGUAUUUUAAAGAAAAACCGCUGCGCAGCCGCAACGCGUCAGUACAGUUUUAUUUGAGAGAAGAUGUUUUGAAAAUUGAGUCAUAAACUGGUAAAUUCUGUUGGAAAAUAAGACUAGGAUAUUAAAAAAAGAUCCAAAAGAUAAGGAGUCCACUAAAAGUGUUUUUCUUAUGUUUUGUCCGAUAUCAGUGUUCCAUCUGUCGUUGAGAGAUUCGAACAGAACACACGUCCGUAUGGGAGUGUGGACAUUUGAACAAAUAGAAAGAGUUGCGUGGGUCUCUCUCCUCGGAGCCGUAAAGGUUUGCAGAAAACGGGGUCCGUUUCCACCGUUUAUGGGUUUAUCCUGCGAGUGUUUGCCUAUUUGCCUUGCCUCUGCAUCACUGAAUCUGUGACUGACCAAGUGAAAACAUUCGUCGGCAAAGGUGGACCUUUGGGAGGGUCAAAGUUGAGGUCUUUAAAGGAGAUGAUUGUAAUUCAAUCAGGAGAUGGUUGAAUGGAAAGAAAGGACGUCGUAUAGUUUGAUUACUUUUAGUGAUCACUUUAGCGGCUUCAGAACUCUUAAAGGAUCACUAGAAGAGUUCAGAAAUUUCCGAAACGCGUCCAGUUUGCGUUACCAAUGUCCGAGUCUUUCUUGAAUUUUUCCCGUUUCAUACUUUUUCUUUUGGUCUCAGAAUAUUUUCCAUUAUUUUUAUUACGAUAAGGCUGGGAAAUAUGGGCCUAAGCUCUAAGCAAAAUUUUCUCAUAAAUGACUUAUUUCGGUCCUAUCCCUCAAAAUAAGAGUCUUACUCACAAAGAACACUUUUAAGUCAGAACAACCGGAACAUUCAAGAACCGUAAACUUCCAUUUAAGGGGAGUAUUUCUAAGAUGAGAUGACUGGCCCGGCCGUAGAACAUCUGUCUGUCCUUUUGGCCUUGGAUUUUUCUUUCUUUCACGCCUUCGAUUGAUGUAUGAAGUGGCGUUCGAUGGGGUAAUUAAGAGAUUUUGGGGAUUUCGAGGCUUCGUUUCACUCUGAGAAAAAGAAAAUGAGGGUCUUCUUUAUGGAUUCUACUAUAACUUUUUGAUUCACUUUUUCACUUUUUUUCUGACAAAAGAGAAUAAUAGAGACAACUGUUUGGUUUGACUGAAAUUUGAUCCCCAUGGGAAAGACAGCUCAUCCAAUUUUUUUCUAUGUUUAUAGGAAAAAUGCCAUCGGGCAUGUUGGAAAAAGGUUCCAAAUAAACAUUUUGAAUUGGUUUGGGUAAAAAAGGGGGAAACCCUGGGAAAAAUUUGGCUCAAAAAGAGAUCGAAAAUCGUUUUUUCAAGAUUUUUCUGAAAUUGAUAACGGGAAAAGGAGGAAAGAUUCUAUUUGGCUGAAAAAAUUUCUUUUUUGUUUGGAAAUUUAAGAAAUAGAACGUUUCAAUUGGCUGCUUUUUGUUAUUCAAUGUGCAAGAAAGUUUAUUUACUCUGAAAAGUUCAAAUAUCACAGGGUGCUGAAAGUCUGUCUCUGCUCCAAAAAACAAAGAUAUUAUUUCUAUCAAGCAAGUUUUUUUUCCGAUUUUUACUGAGAAAAACGUAAUCUUAUCAUCAAGUUUCAAGUCCUAAAUCUUUCAAAAGAUCGAAAAUUCUUGGCCAUACUGUUUUUUCGCGAAGUUUUCUGCAAGAACACGGCCUUUUUUCUCGAAAUUUAAUGCCCUCGAGGGAGAUUUUCUCUGAAGAAGAAUCGUCAACAAUGAACUUGUGAGCAGCCUCUUCUCCAAUGGAAAAAAGACUUUCUCUGAUUGGAUGCGGCCAAAUCUCUUCUCCUUUUUUCACCCCGGGAUCCUUUCUUUUGAAUUAAAAGAAGGAAAGAAGUCAAAUGCCAAGGAUAAUCUCAUUUGAAGAGACUAAUAAGAGCCGUUUGGUCGGGUCGGAUAUGCGAUUGACACUGAUGAAUGGCGGGGGCCAUUGGACAAUAGCGGGAAGGAAAUGUGUGUCACAGGAAAUGUUCGCUUUUUGCCAUUAUAUUGGGGGUUUUUUGCACGGGAACGGUGUGGAGUUUGAUUUCUUCGAAACUAGUGGCGUGUUCAUCGGAGAAACGGAGCAUGCUUCAAAACGAAAAAUCGUCGGCGCGCCAAAGUUGCUUCAAAUAGUACUAAUUUUUUUGUUUUCAAGCAAUUUUUUUGCGUUUCGAAGCAAUUUAUGUUUUUUUCUUCAAACGAAAUUUUUUUACGAUUUUUGAUUUUUCUCGAAAUUCUGUCGGACAAUUUUUCUGGCAAAAAAAUUGAAGAUGAACAAAAUGAUUUCAAGCUUUUUGUUUUUUUCAACGUUAUUAAAUUAAUUUACAUAAAAAAAUAAUGAAAAAUUGGCGCAUUUUAAUUAUAUUACACGAAAGAAUAUAUUUUUCUGUUCAAAGCUCCCUGGAGCAAUUUUUCGAAUUAACUGAAGGAUACCGAGCUAUUUUUCGAAGCUCAGAAGUUGAAGUAAAAUGAAUUUUAUUCAAGGUGUGUUCUAUUCAUUUCUCGACUACCUGAAAAUUUUCUCAUUUCGAUAUUUUUUUUCUAGUGACCACAAUGACUCAGCAACACCCUUGGUCUUUUAGAAAACAUCACAAAUAAUGGAAACCUGAAAAAGUUUGACGAUUUGAACGACAGCUGCUCUACAUUUUUCUUUUUCGAAGUCCCAUGUCGUUGUAGAACACGAAAAAAAGAACUACAAAAGGACGGGGACCAUUAAAUACGGGGCUCUCUGGCUUUGGCGCACGCCGUAAAAGUGAAUAAUGUGGAGGACAGCUGUGGAACGGCCUCUUUCUCUAUAUGGGGUCCUUGAAUCUCGUAAAUUUCUAGAUAGGACAUAUGGGACGUCUGUUCUGACAGGAGACAGAAUUACAGGGGGUUUUCAAGAAAGUAUCUGAGAAAAAACGGGACAAAUUGACUGAAUCGCAUGAAAUCAGCUUCCUGGUUUUAAAAAAAUAAACAAUUUAAAUUAAAUUUAUUAUUUUUUGGGGAUUUUUUUAAGAAGUGGCUGAUUUCGAUCGGAAUAGAAAAAUUAAGCUUUAAAAAUGGAAAAUUGGGUUUUUCAAAGACGUCAGCUAUCAGAGAAUACCUCUCAUUAUCGGUAGGAUAUCAAUUUUUUUACAGAACUUAUCAUUUUUUUGUUUCAAUUGAAAUUUUUUUGAUUGAACAAAUAAAUAUAAAUGCUUUUUUUCACAGGAUUUAUUUAUGCGAAAAGCAAAAAUCUGAGAAUCGAACACUUUUGAAAGAUAUUAUAUAUUUUUUUCAUAAUAGUCGCAAAAAUAAUAAAUCUCAUCGAUAGAAAUUGUUUUUUUCACAAUACAGUUUCCUCCAAGAAAGCUUCAUAGUUGUCCUCAAUUCCAUUCUAAUAAAUUUUUUCUUUGCGCUGAUAAUGCUUCAUAUUCAUUCGAAAUUCAGGUCUUCAAGUUCUCAGGAUGAAUUAUUUAUUUAUUUUUCUGAAAUGAUUCCUUGGUCUCUUCUCUUCUUGAAAAAUACGUGACCGAUUCGCCUAUGCGGCAGUAGUGCUUAUUGGAUUAUACACACUGACGAGGGGUCUUUCGCAUUUGCAUCCAAUCUCCCCGACUAAUUGCGAUAUGCGAAAAAGGAGCUUCUUGAUUUUAUUUCUGGGAUUAGGAGGGGUUUUCUCCGAAAAAUAAGAAGAUUAUUUUGGAAAUUGAGCGGAAAAUAGUUGGUUUUUUCGAUUUUGAGAAUGAUUUGAGUGAGGAGAAAUGAUCUUCCUGAUUUUAUUUUUAAGGAAUUGAAAGGGUUUCUCACAAAAAAAGAUGAGAUGUUGAAGGAGGGAAAAGAUCAAUUUGUUCAGAGUAAAGGAAGGCUCAUGAUUUUGAAAUAAUGUUUCUCAUGAACAGUUUAAAUUGAUGAAAAUCUAAUUUCAAAAUUCAAUUUUUUAGAACUCGUUCUACUACCUGUACCUGAUCUACAGCUUCUCGACUGUUUUAAAGCUCGCCGAGAACUUUGGAGAACUGGCCGGCGUCACGCAUCGGUUAGUUCUCAUGGAUUAAAGUUCGAAACGUCAAUUAUAAUCCCAUUUUUUUUUUAAAAAAAUCGAAUUUCAGUGUGAUUGAACUGUACGAAGAGCUGCAACGUCUCCAUUCGGACUGUUUGGAGACUGAUCGACCUCCUUCCACAGUCCCUUCUUCUGUCGUCGUCAUCGCCUCGGACGACGAGGACAAGGCUUCCAGAACGGUCAGGAGAACUUGAAAGGGAAAACAGUUUCCGAUUCACGGCUAGCAUGAAAGUCCAAAAAGACGUAGUCUGUCUGCGCUCUCCACUGUUCAGGCACUGUCUCUUUUAUCCAGUCAGGACCCUUUAUUCGAUGGCUUAAGCCAGUCGUGAAUCAGCUGUACUAUAAUAAUCUAGUGGAGCCAUUUUUUCGUAUUCUGCCGCAUUGGAACACUAGAGAAAUAUCUCCCUUUUAAAUCAUGUUUUGAGAUUUUCAAUGACAUUUUCGUCGAAAUUCUCUAAUCACUUAAUAGUAGCCGGAAGUAUAAUAUACCUUUUUUCGAAGACCUUAUCCUCAAAAUUUCAAUUCCAUUAUCAUCAAAUUUCAAUACAUUUGGCUCAUUUAUGAUCUUUUUUUUCAUAGGAAAAACGUAGGAGUGGUUAUUUUUACACCAUUACAACAGUUUGAAUCGUAUAAAACGAAAAAAGAUUUGGAUGAAAGAUACGGUUCUCAAAAUAAAUGAGUAAUGUUAGGAUUGAAACUGUUUGUUUUUGCUGUUUUUUCCUAGAUCUUUACCAGUUUCGAUAGGAAUUUUUUGAGGUACGCUAGAUCUUGUUGCUAGGGAGAACUUAGAGCGGUAUGUUUUAGGGGGGAAGAAUUCUGGAAAAAAGGUUUGCUAAUACGACACUCAAAGUUAUAUAAUAUCCACAAAAGGAAAAAUGAUCUUUAGUUGAGAACUGUUUAUUUUUUUUCAUGAAGGAUCUGUUGUGCGAAAGAGCAGAAAUUUUAGAAAGAGAGGCUAUAGAGAUAUUAUUUUGAUGUAAAUCUUAUUGAUUCGAUAAUUUUCAGGUCGAAGAGAUCCAUGGAAAGCAGUUGUCACUCGAACGUGACGAACAGGAAGAAGAAGAAGCUCAAUAUUUGUUGGGAGGCCGAAAUUCGGACGAAGAAUGGCCGGAUGACGGCGUCGCCUUGACCAUCGAUUCGGCCAGUUUGGCGCCACCUAAUGAGACCCCCAAUAUUAUCGUUCAAUGUGAGGAAUUAUCUGAGAAAUGACCUAUAAUAUAACAGUAAAAGUCUAGAAAAUGAUAGAAUAUUCUAGAAGAAGAUCAAUAGAAGCGUGAUCUUACUUCUUUAUUUUCAGUACUUUCCCUGCAACUGAUCCAAGGCCAGAGCUUGUUGAUCACUGGAGAAAGUGGAUGUGGAAAAACGUCGUUGUUCCGAAUGUUCGCUGGCCUUUUGGCACUGCACCGCUGGUAAUAUUUUUUUGAACAAUAGUCAUUUUUCAGUUAUCACACAUUUAAAUUAUUGGAGCAUGAUGUUAUUUCUAUAGAAUUUUUUUUUCUUUUUUUCGUUUUUGAGCUUUUAAAAAAAAGUGUUAUUUAUCUUCUUAGGGCUGUUGAGUAGUCAUUAUUUGUUUAAUUUCUAUAGAAGAAUGAGCAAAAAGGUCUUUGAAAGCCGUAAGAAACAAAUUUUCGUUUUAUGAACUCGCAAAGGGAAUUUCUGUCUUCUAAAGCCAAGGUUUUUAAAUAUGAACAGAGGGUUUUAGAAACAUUUUCUCUCCUUAUAUGUUGAAUAUGUUAUAAGAGUUUUUUCGUGAAAAAGUUGGUUUCAAAUUAUUCAAAAACAUUUGUAAAUAGUAAAAUAUUUACCAGAGUGGAGAGAUUUCAAGCAAAUCACAUGGUUUUUACAGGAAAAGUCGAUUGUCAUUGGCGCCGACGGACCCAAAACUUGCUGUUCCUGCCCCAGAAGCCUUACUUUCCUUCGGGGGGCGUCACUUUGCGACAGCAAAUCGUCUAUCCCAUCAAAGCUCUGGCCGUUGAGAAAGGUUCAGAAAUUUCAAUUGCUUUCCUGAAAAAUCGGCAAUUUACAUUAAGUUUGAAUGUUUACACGGGAAGUUCAAAAGGUGGAGGUAUCAAAAUUUGAAGAAACUGUGUAUUUAGGUACUUUCGGACAUGCUGAAUUCAAAGAAGUUGAAAAAAGUUUACCAUUUGGUUCCAGUCGAGUUAUCGCGGCUAGAUGAUUUUUGAAGAUUGUCGUUUAAAAAUAAAUUUAAUAUAACCUCAAAAAAAUUUGUGAGUAAGCGUUUUUCCAGACGUUGCUCGGUUGGCAUCGAUUCUGGGAAUUGUCCGCCUUGAGUAUUUGAUCGACCGAUGUGGAGGCUUUGAUAAUCCGGUCGAUUGGGAUUGGUAUGUUUUCUAUUCCAAUUGUUUGCACCUUUCAAAGUAACAUCUUCACUUCCACCACCUUUUUGUUCAUUGUUUUCACGUUUAUAACACGAUGUAAAAAUUUUAAAACGCGCUCAAAAUCUUCACGGGAAUAGUAAGAUAAGAUUUCAUGUUCUUUGACUAUCCCUUCCAAGUCUUACCCAAUUUCCAGGAUGAAGCAACUCUCGCCGGGAGAACUGCAACGGUUAUCCUUGGCGCGCGUUUUCUACACCCAUCCUCGGAUCGUUUUCCUCGAUGAAUCGACCAGCGCCAUGGGCUUCGACAUGGAAAUGCACAUCUACAAGAAACUCCAAGAGGUUUCCCUGCCUGUUUCUAUCCAAAAUAAUAACUUGCCGUUCAGGAGAAAAUUACAUUUGUUUCCAUCGGACACCGGUACUCGUUGAAACAGUUCCACGACAUGGAACUCCGAUUGAAGGUAGCUUUUUUUCGAAAAUUUUGUCCUGAGCAGAUAUUUUUCAUGUUAAUGUGUAUCAAUCUAUUUUUUUAAAUCUGUGGUCGGAGGGCAACUUACUUUUUUUAGGUAGAAAAUAAUUUUUAAAAGACAGUAAAGUUCGAAUUUUGAGCUAAAAAUUGCAAUUUCACAUUUUCAAACAGUUUUCAGUUGUUUCAAUAUGGAAAAUGAGAUAUUCGAGACUUUUGAAACACUUGAGGAACUUGUGGUCUCCAGAUGAAGUUGAGAUUUUUUUCGAAGAACUGAGAAACUGAAAAAAUCACUUAACAAUUAAAAAAAAAUCUUGGACUUUUUAGUUACUUACGUUUCAAGUUCACCAUAGCGAAUGUCAUACUUCCUUGAAAAAAUUAAUUCAACAGGUCUUUUUCAUUAUUCGCGCCUGUUUUUUUCGUUUUUUUUUCUAGCAAAAAUAUGAAGUUCCUUAAGAAUACAGGUCUUGAAGAGAAGCGCGCAAAAUACUCUGUAUACUGUAGUUUUUCUUGCCCUUCUUUUCCGUUCGAAAAAGUGACAAGCUCUCACUGUAUACUAUCGAGGAAGGCAGGGCUUUUUCAAUUCGGUUCGAUUUCCAGGGACGCGGUGGCGAAUGGACGUUGCACGACAUCGACAGCGCUUCGAUCGCCAGCCGAACCGCCAGUUUCCUUGGCACCGAUACCGUUCUUUCCAUGUAAAACUUCACAAAAUGCCAUGGGCUUUGAGCAAUCUCUUGAUUGAUCUUCUACAGUUUUCGUAUUUUCAAUCAAAACUAUGGGUUUUUUUUCCUUCAAUUAUGUUUAAAUUUAAACCCCCCACUCUGUAUUUUUUUUGACCCCUCACACCGUGAUUCGGGUUACUGCGAGCUCUAAUUGAUCUGUCCUCAAUCACAAACAACAAUUCUCCGAUUUCAGUUCAUAGAAUUUUCAUUUCUUGCCUUCAUUUUCUUGUGAAAUUCUCAUCUCACCUUCCUGUCUUAUGUUACGAAUCCUCGGGAAAUUUGAAUUGCCAAAAAUUGGUCCUAAUAAUUGCUUUAUUCAGUUUCUUUAAUUAUUUAUCAUGUUUGCCAACGUUUUCUCCUUUGAGAGUUUUUUGUAUACUGGUAUUUGAUUCAUCGAUUGUAUAUUUUUCUUUCUUUUUUUGUUGUUAAUAAACUUCCUCUUUUUUUAUUUUGAUGAGGACGUAAGGUGCGUGAAAGAAAUGGUCAUUUUGUACUGGCUGACUUCCGAUAUCUGUUUAGAUUCGAUGACAGAUCAUUCACACAAGGUUUACAAAAAAAAAAAUUACAAAAUUACAAAACAAUAAAAAUGGUGUAACCUCAUGCGCGCCUUCGCGUGUGCAUUGGCAUAAGUUGCGUGAAAGGCUGAUGAAAUUUUUUCAAUUUUUUCAAUUUUACUUUUUUUUUUCGGCUGUUUUUAAAAAUGAAUUUGAUAUUUCAAUCUUCAAAUGGAUAGAAAAUUCAUAUAUCAAAUCCUUCUCUCUUUUAACGGUAUUAAUACUUUUAUUCUGGGGAGUUCGAACUAAAAAAUAAGUCUAUUUUUAUCAUAAUUUUUUUUAAAAGUCAAAAUUUGAUUUUUACUUGAUUUAAAAGUUAUUGAAGGUUCUUUACUUUAUUCUGUACGUCUUAUAGCUUCUUAAGUUAGCAAAAACUUGGUGUAUUUUUUUUCUCUUUUUCGAUCCGCUCAUUUUUUAUUUGGAAGUUAUCAAACUUAGUUCAGGAUGUGGCCAGCGUCACUCCAUUCGAACGAGGAGUUCAUUUCAGCGCCGGCGUUGUUUCUGGUUCGUUUUUAAUAUAUAUUUUGUUCAUGAAAUCCUUGCUGGAGUGUUUAAAGGCGCAUAAGUCUUGAAUGACUCGAAAUUUGUUGAAAACUGUUUUUCGCCUCGAAAUCUUGCUUGAAUUGGUCUCUGUUCCCUUGAACGCCCCAGCAAGGUCUUCUCGAACAAAAUAUAACCUAAAAGUAAGACCAAAGACUGUUUCUGAAGUCGAGACAUUUCUUGUCGAAGAUACCUUUUUUGUGUUAUAAAUCUCUGGCCCCUCUGCAGAAUCACAUAGAAAAAGUCACGUAGGCGUCGAAAUGUUGCGAUUUCGCCUGUGUGUGAUGUCAAGUGAUAGGGUGGCUGGUUGAGGCGAUUUUUUAUCGCUUUUUGCGGAAGUCGCAGAAAUCGUUCGACGAAUCAGCGUGAAAGUUUAGUGAUUGCGCGCUUCGUCAUUGUGUUUUUGUUUUGAUUUUUAUCAUUCACGAAAUUGAAUUUUUCAAGUGAAAUGAGGAAAAGCCAAAGUUCAAUUAUGCAAUGUCGCUGAGGAAAAAGUAGAAAGUUUAUUCAAAUAAUUAGAUAAAUUAAAAAAACUGGGGUUCAGGUUUAGGUUUAUUUUUUUGAAUUAGUUUUUCAAUUUUUUUCAAUUUUUUUAAUUAUGAAGAUUUUAUUAAAUAUUGCUUUUUCAGUUUUUAUUUCGUUCUACCUGAUCAAAGUAUUUUUUUAAUAUCGAUAACUAAUUAUAGGAUAUUCUUUAUAGUUUCUUUCACGACCCUUUUUUUAAUUAUUAGAACAUAAAAAAACAAGGAGAAAACCAGAUUUUUCCUUGUUUUGAUAUAACACAUAGGGCAGGAGUACUUGAUAGAAUCAAGGUGUAUUUGAAAAAAAUUUGGAUUUUUGAAACUUCGACCUACUUUUUGAAAUGAUAAAUACAGACUAUCUAAUAGCAGCUUUUUUUCGAAUUCACUCCACUUGAGACUUGAAUUAUUCAAAGAUUAAAAUUUUUUUGGAUAAUUUUUUGGCUUUUUCACAUUUUUUUUUUUCAUAGAAAAUCAAUGGAAAACUACAAAUGGAAGUUUUUCUUCAAGUUUUGUUUUUGAAGGAAGAUUGUGAAUGUUACAGAGAAAAAAGGGAAGGAAUGUAAAUCUUUUUCGGUCUCGAUAGAAGGAAGAGAAUCGCAUAGAAAGCGGUAAAAUUUCUCUUCAAGUCGAUCAUAAACAGUGGGAUCUUUGGUUGGAUGAUUCUUGGAGAAAUAUUUGUUUCCAAAUUUGAGUUUUGACAACGUCUUUAAAUGUUUUUUAAAACCGACCCUUGAUUAAUUGGGCCUGUAUAGCUUGAAGAAGUAUGAUUCAUGGAUCGGAAUGAUUAUUGAAUAAUUUCCACAAUCAAGAAUCGAGAUAAUCUGUCACAUGUCGGAAAAAUGGGAACAUGUUUUUGCAAGACGUUCUCGAACAUCGUGACCUUUGGCGCUUGGAAGUCUUCCUACAGAAAAGGAGAAAAGCGGUCGAUCAGGCAGUGUUAAAACAUUGAUCAACUCAGUGAAUCAAAAAUUUCAAGCAAAAAUAUUUUGUUCUAUAAUAACUAAUUUGACUUGGAAAAUUCUCCAAAGUUUGGGAUUUUUUUCGUAAAUUGGUCCUCAUACUUCUUGUCGAAAAAUAUUCUUUUAAAUUUCUUUUCUUCUCCUAUACUUUUUCACUUCUUUUUAUUGGCAACGGCGAAAGUUUUUCUGGUUUCAUUUUUUUACAUGAAUAAUGUUAAUUUGAACACUUUGAUGACACGGUUUUUUUUUUCAUGGCUUGAAAAAAAUAGCUCUUCGCGUUGAAAAAUCUUAGAAAACUUUUUUUCAUGCUUCAUUGAACGACAAAAAAAGCUCCUUGUAGUCUUUUUCUAGACUAGUAGUCUAAUUUUUUUCUGUCUCUAGUACCAAAAAUAUACCGAGAAUAAGCCAAGACUAAAAACCGUACAAAAAUGGUUUUUUCCGAGAUUUUUUUUCAAAGCCCAAUUUCAUUUUCUGUCCCUGUGAUAACUACCUCAUUAAAAUGUGAUAUUUAUACAGUUGUAGUUGGUAUGGGCACCGUCGACGAAGAAGGAUCCUCAGUUGUUGAGGAGAUUCCAAAUGCCGUUGUGCUUCCAAACGAUAACGUCGAUGAGAAAUCAUCCGGUGUCGUGGAGGAGACGUCGAAUGGCGUCGAAGUUUCUAGAAUCGAAAAAAAUGUUAAUUUUUUUAAGUAAAAUAAUAUGAUGUAUCUAAUUUUUUUCUUGAAGUAGAUAAUUUUUAAAAUAGAAAAUAUCUAGAAAAAAAUUGAAAACCUAUUUUUUUAUGCGGAAAUCGGUUCUCUUUGUCUGCUUCUUCUCUACAGAAUUUUCGCAAAAGGCAGUUCCUAUGCCGGCAUUCUGCAAAACAAAGCUUCUUGCAUUUUGCAAAUCAGUGCUUUGCAUUUUGCACAGAAGUACUUCGCAUUUUGCACUUUUUUUCGUCUGUACAAAAGUGAGCCCAAUAAGAAAUGCAAAAUGCGAGGAUCUUCUGGGCAAAAUGCAGAGCUCUGAUUUGCAGAAUGCAUGCAACUUUUUUUGCAGAAUGCUGGCAUAGGCACUGCACUUUGCACAAUUUAAGUAGAGUUUGGCUGUUUAUUUUCCAAUUUUAAUUUUCCCUUUGCCGAUAGGAGAAAAAUUCGAGUAAAAAACAAUCCUAACACUUUACCGAUCGACUUCAAAACGAUUUUCAUUUUGUUUGACAAUAAAAACAUAAGCCUAAACAAUACCGACCUUCUGGAUCUUUCGUUGGAGCACAUCCAUAACCUUCGUUCAGUAGUACCAUCAGUAUUGAAAUUUUGAGUACCCAGAGCGAAUGCAUAACUUGAAAAGGUUUUGAAGUACAAGUUCAAUGAGAAACGCAGCAUAUUCAGAAAAAUAAAAACAAAGAAAGGCCUAUUGGCGCACUGAAAUUGCUCCGAAACAGUACAGCUUCCCGCUUGGAGCAACUUUUUUUUUCUCGCAUUUUUGAACCCUUUUCACCGAUUAACAGGCAAUGAGAUUAAUCUCAACAGGAUCGAAAGAAGUGGAUAGGUGUUAGAGAAGAGAAGAAAAGUGACAAACAUGAAGCAAAAUGUAAAAAAAAAAACUGAGUAAUGGCAAAAUUUGAAGUGAAGAAAUUAUGUAAAACGUAAUUUUAGUUUUAUUUUUUGAAGCUGUGAUCAGAAGAAUGAGAAUAAGCAGGCGCCGAUGUCCGCUAAACUUUCUCUCGUUCAUUAGCUUGCAUUUGCGAGAUUCCCUUUGCCCUGCCUUUUCCAACAUUUAAACUCGUUCCAGACAAUCUCAGCCGUGAAUUUUGGCGAAUUUAACCCAAAAUUUACCUAAAAAAGAUAAGAUUAGCCGUUACGAUGACUUUGCCUUUGAGAAGACGGAAAGAUUAUGAACCCACCUCUGGUAAAAUUUCAUUUUUUAUUUCUUAAGGACUUUCCGAAACUUUAUAGCUUUCAUACCUUCCAGCCUCCUGCUUGUUACAUUGAAUACACCUUCCCAGCAUGUUUUUGAGACUAAGCAUGGGAUUGGCGCUCUUUCAUUUUAAAUAUCAUAUUAUGAAAGGAAUAUAAUCGAAUAAUUUCAAGUCAAAAAAAUUUUUCAUGGCGAUUUUUUUUUGCAGAGAGUGAAAUUUUUCAGUUGACUUGUGUGGAUAAUAAGCCGAAUAGUAAUGAAUUUUCCGACUUCGGAGGCUAUUUUGAUAUUUCCCAUUAGAGCUCAGAAUUCAGACUCCUAGAGCUCUGGUGAGCCCCAGAUUGACAGCGAAAGCAGCUAUUCUUCACGAUCAAGGAAUUCACAACAGGAAAGCCUAAUAUAGGCAUCUAAAUACCCUUAAUUGACCCUGAAUUUCGAAGCUUGAAUGAAUUUCAACUUAAUCAUCGAGAAACGAUUAAAUUUCACUGGAAAUAGUUUUUGCAAGACUUUUUUCGAACACCAAGUUCUUUGGCAUUCUGAAACAUCAUUUCACUACAGAGAAGUUAGCUCAAUCUCUGUCUAUUCAGAGCCUAUAUUUAUCUUUAACUCCGAAGUUUGAAUCUAGCUCAACUGUUAUUGAGAAAACGAGUUCAUUCUCAAAAUAAAAACUGUUUCGAACACCAAGAUCAAUCAAUCAAACAACUUUAUUUUCCGCAACAUCGAGAUGGUAUGGCGAUGUUGUACUGAAGGAAAAAGACCACGAGACGGUUUAAGUGAAUCCGAAAGGUUCCGGGAUUCUGAAGUCUUCCUAAAAAGAAAAAUAGGAAGCGUUUAAUCAAUCACUCCCAAAAACAUUAAUCUCUCUUCUCAAAACUGAUUCGACGUCGAUACCGUCCACCAUCAAGGGAAUUUACAACGUCUAGGAGGCGGCACGUGGUGGCUAGGAUGAGAUCAGCCAAGAAAGCACGAGGCAGACGACGUCAGUGGGUCGAAGGCGUCGGUGGGCGGAGAGACCCACCUUUUCAACUUCUUCUUUUUCUUCUUCUUCUUCUUCUCCGUUCCAUCGGGUUCUGAAACCGACCAGACUUGACUCAACUGUUUUUUAGUCUUGAAACUUUUUUUUCUCAUUCCUAUUUUCUCUGACACUUUUCUCAACUGCUGAUCGGCCGAGUUGUGGCUGUUCCUACGGGAUUCGACGCGCCUCUCGAGGCGAAACGCGAAUCGCGUCUUUGACCAACCUGGUUGAGCUCAAGAGUUGCAAAAAGAGGAGUUACUAUGCUCGACUUGACUGAUUUCUUUGCUGGAUGCCUUGGUGGUUCGUUUUUUUUUCCUGUCGAUUUUUUUUGAGUUGGCUUGAAGUUUUCGGAAUUAGUUUGUUGUGAAUAGCUUUUUUUGGUUUGGCUUUAGUUUUGGACUUUUCGAGCUAGCUCUGUUGUAUUGUUUUUCUGGGGGAUAUGGUCAGAUUGGGUUAAUUUCGUGACACUGAUAAAAAUUCAAUUCAGAUUGUUAGGACAUUUUCCUUCUUGGAAAGAGAAUGGCAAUUCUCUUAAAUUUAUGCUGAAAUAACCGAUGAAACUUCUGAGCUUGUGCCAAAGUCUGAAAUCGAGGUAUGAGUAAGUCUAACCGCAAAAAAAAAAAUCAUAAAAUAGUUUCUUUUUCUUUUCCUAUAGACCUUUCAUUUUAAAAUAUUCGGAAAACGGAAAGAUGGCCCCAAUUAUAAUUUGCGGUGUUUCAGGAGCCGCCGGAGUGUUGGCCGGCCACCCGCUGGACACGGUGAAAGUUCGGCUGCAAACUCAGCAGCCCGGCCAGGCCCUGUACCGCGGAACCUUUCACUGUCUCCGAAAGAUUCUCCACCAGGAAGGCUUCCGUGGCCUGUAUAAGGGUUCGUCCAGCUCUUCUUCUUCUUCUUGGGAUAGAAGUCAAGAAAUGGCGAGAAUAGGACAACCAGAGGUGCAGUUACAUAAAAAAAUUCAAACUAGGGAAUUGGGGAAGAAUUUUUUUGGUUUAAGGUUUUUUUUUAUCCUCAUUUUCGAGAAGUUUAAGGUUAGUGUUUUAAUUGAGUUUUUGAGUAAGGUCAUAAAAGAGAAGAGACAGAUUAUGUCAAAAUUUUAAUAGAGAAAAUUUUUAGCUUUUUGAAAUUUCCUUCUCAAAGUGCUGCAGAGACAAGCCGAAAGUCGUACAACAAAAACGUUUUCUGUUAACUUUUUAAAAAAAGAAAGGGGCUCGUAUUGUUAGAGUCUCGGAAAAAAAGCUGCUUUGGAAAACCUGGAAAAAAAUUUUUGAUUCUCUCUUUAGGAAUUAUUUCUGAGAAGAUUCGAGCUAAGAACUAAAUAAAUAGAUUUAUUGACAGAUCAGUGUGAGCUAUGACUAGUUCUUGAAAAAUGAAAAAAUCUUGAAAACUUUUUUUUUCCGUUUUAACUUCACCUGAUUCGAGAUUUUUUUAAAUAUCGCUCAAUAAUUUCCGGGGUUUCUAACGCCCUUUUCAACUCUAUGUCUCUAUCAAAAGCAUAAUUUACAGUUUCAUAACAUAGAUCAGUGACCAUUACAACACGUGUCUGUUUUUUAUUGUUUGACGAGAUCACGAAUCAUGAUUUUCGAUGGCGUUUUGUACGGGAAGAAAAAAAAAAGCGAAGUUCAUUCUGCAUAACAAUGGUUUCUGGUGUUGUCUUAUCAUCGAGAAGCUUGUUUUUCUGUUUUCUCUGAGAUUUUCGAAGAAAAAUAGGUUUUUUGGACGUCUAAAACGGUCUGUGUUUAGUUAUGUAUCUUGGUGUUUUUUGGAGAUUGGGUACUGAUUUUUUGUUCGACUGUUACAUUUAUUUUUAAGAAGGUGGGAUUUCCGAUGGCGAUAAGUUUUGAAUUGAGUCUAAAACUAUAUAUUUUUAAUUUGAAACAAACAAUAAGUGGUUUUUUUUAUACAAAUUCAAUUUCCAAAAAUUCAGCUUUUGAGUUUUUGAACCUUGUAAUUCAUUCGGUGUCAGUUAAGCAGGGAAAAAAUUCAACAAUUCUGAAGCGAAUACCCCUCAAAAAAAGGUUUAGGCCUCGAUUUUUUUAAAUCGCCCAUAAAACCUUUUUUUAUACUUCUAUCCCAGCUUGUUGAAAGAAAAUACAUUUUUUUUUCAAGUUCAACCAGUUAUCUUUAAACUUUGUAGUUCUAGUUUUAAACACAUAUUCAUUCGACGUAUUGUGAUUCAUAUGGGUGGUGUUGGCGUCAGUUAGAACAUAAGAAGAAGAAGAAUUGGAGGAAAAAAAAGUCGAUGAUCAGUCAGUGCGUGUGAUUGAGACGACCGAAUUGAUUUACGACGGGAGAGGAAGGAAGGAGAAUCGCUCCUUGUAUGGGGAAUGAGAAUAAGCGACGUCGUUGGCGUGUUUGUCGUCGACACGGCUGUUGAUUCACUUGGUUGAGAUCCCGAAAUCUGAUUGUCGAAUUUUUGAUGGAUAUUUGUCGAGUUUAGUGGUGUGGAAGACGGUCAAGAAUGGACUUGUGGUCAUAUUUUUCCAUUCAGAGAGUAGAUUUUGGCCUUUUUAUCGUAAGACUUGAUUUAUCCAUUCGAAUAGGCUUGUAGUGGUUUCUGAAGAAGAAUAGACAAGUUGAUAAAGUUGACGUCCCUGAAAGCCUAAGCAAGCAACUGCUGAGACUCUGUAAUAAUUUAGAGUGUCGUCAGAAAGAUACGAAAAAAAAUGGGUUUUGGUCAUAAUUUUCUUGUAAUGAAUUGAAUCUUUCUGAAACUUUCUUGAGUUGUAUUGACUGUUAUUUUUACCACUCUGAUGAAGUUCAGUUCACAGAAAAGACAAUGCAGCCUCAGAAACUUUCAGGAAGAUUGGAUUCCUUACAAGAAAGUGUGACCAAAAUACUGUAUGUAGUCAGAAUGUCACUUUUACAAUAUUAUCAUGGAGAAAGUUAUAGUCAACGGUAAAUGAAAUCAACUGGAAGGUCUUUUUUGAUUUUGAGCUCUAGAAUGAGAUUAUGUAUUGGAAAGGUUAUGAGUAAAAUGUGAGCUUCAGAAAUUCGUUCAAUCUUCAUUGCAAAAACAAAAAAUAAACUUAAUCCAAUGAUGGACUUUUAGGUCUCUCCUCGCCGCUGGCUUCCCUCUCGGCCAUUAACGCCAUCGUGUUUGGCGUCCACGGGUCGACUUCUAGGGAAUUCGCCAAUCCGAACUCUUUGAAGGCUCAUUUUUGUGCUGGAGCCGCUGCUGGCCUCGCUCAGAGCAUUAUUGGUUAGUUUUGAGCCUGAAAACUUCUAGAAUAAAAAGAAAAAAUGGAUUUUUAAGUGAUAUAUUUCGAUUUGUCUAGAUCUCAAGUCUCUUUGAGUCGUGUAUCUAUGGGUUUUUUUUGCAAAUUGAAGAAAAUUCAUUUUUUUUUCUACAUAAGGCUGCAGCCUUAGAGUACCAAAUAUAAAGAGGAAAACUAAAAAACUCAGCAAUUUGGGCUUGAACUCAUUGAAAUCAGUUUAUAAACAUUUUAUUAUCUGUUUUGAUUUCACUUUCCAGCCACGCCAACGGAGAGGAUAAAGCUCCUUCUGCAGAUCCAGAACGACUCGGCCCAUACAAAGUUCCGCGGACCCGUCCAUGCCAUUAGGGAACUCGCCAGAACCCAGGGAAUAUCGACAUUUUCUCGGUAAUUUUUUGAAUCUUCAAUGAAAAAAGAGAUCCCACGGAAAUCAUAUAAAAAAAAUUUAAGUCAAAAAUUUUCUUUUUUUUUUCUUUUUUGAAUGAGUGCAAUGUGGAUAGUUCGAAAUUCUUCGAAAAUGAUGAAAAGUUAUGAAAAAAAUCCGAAGAUUGAGAGGUUCUUGAGGCUUUUCUCUCGAAAAGUUUUCGGGAAGUUGAACUUUUGCAAAAUAAAGUUUUUCAUCAACCUUGAGCUGAAGAAUGUGAAUUUUAAAACUCAAAAUUGAUACUUUAGACAUAAAAAAAAGUUUAUUCGGAAUGUGGUUAUUCUGAUUUCUGAAAUCUUUUUUUCUGAACUUCUUUUUGUUAUGACUCUUUUUUUUUUUGAAUCUAGAUGCUCUUUGAUGUACCAAAUGCAGAUCUUGAAGUUUUCGAACUUCAUAAUUUCGAAUUUGUCAAAAAAUAAGCCCUCAAAAUCGAAGAGAACCAUCGAAAGCCGGUAAAAUAGACCGUUUUGAGACUUUUUUUUUAUCGAAAAACAGAAAAUAGCGCAGGUUGAGACUCUCAGGGUCUGCAUCUGAGAUAUCAAGAACUAUUCUGGUCGAUGUUCAAAAAUUUACAAGACAUAACUUUUCCUUUCUAGAAGAAUUCUUUUUUUUCUUCAAAUUUUCUUAUUACUCGCACACGAUCGUAAAUUUUCUUCUUUUUUAUUAUAAGAUUCUUUUUUCUUUCAUUCCAAUCGACAUCACGCGAUACCGUUCUCCCGAUUUAUAAUACAUUGAUAGCAAAUGUUGCCAAAUUGCUGGCCUCGCCAAAAUAUUUGAGAGAGAAAAUCGUUUCUGAUUAAUUGGUUCAAAACUUUUGGGUUCUCUCUGGAACCUCUUUGUAGUUCGUGUUGUAUCUCUGUCUGAUCGGCAAACCGAAAAGACUUUUGAUGGUCGCCUGAUUGUUGAGAUAGUUGGAACUGGGAUUGAUGUUCAUUUGACGUUGAAUUGGCCAACUAUUGCAAAGCGUUACGCAAUGUGGUCGGGAAUUCUGCAGGAAAUUUUUGGAGGUUCUGAUGGUUUUGGUACUGGAGAAACAGAAACCUUUCAACAAAAUCUUUUUUUUUGGAAUAUUUCAUGGUUCUUACGGUAUUCUUACAUGUUAUAUGGUUCUUUCUUCUAAAACUAACUCCAGGAAAAAUUCGAGAAGUUUUUCUAAACAUAGUUUCAAGUUUCAAGUUUCUUGCUAGAGAUGACUAAGAGAAUAUUUGGUUUGUUAUAGAACUUCCCAGGAAAUUUAGGGAAAACCACUAAAAAUGAAUGAUUUUUGAAAGUUUCCACUUUUCUGCAGUUAAUUUCGGGUCAAGUCAAUCAAUGAUGGAGACCUUGAACGGUUAAGACAUCUUACGCAAUCUAAUAGAAGUUUUACAGUGUUUUCCAAGGGUUUAGCAGUGAAAAAUCGUUUUCAAAAAAUAUUGCUAUAUUCUAAACAUUGAAAUUAUUCACUUUUGGAGGAUCGAAAAAAUACUUGUUUAGAAGGCAAUGCUAAAUUUUGGUAGUAGCUUUGAUUUUUGAAAUGAUUGCAGAGGCUUCUUGGCGACAGUCGCAAGAGAUGGCCCUGCUUUCGGAAUCUACUUCGCGUCGUACGAAUGGAUGGCGCGGUCGAUGAGCGUCGACGGCCGAAUGGAGUCGUUGACCAGCGCCCAGUUGCUCCUUGCUGGAG